AUAAACACUGUUGUCGCAGAUUCUGAGGAGGGUCACUUCCUUGCUGGCUGCCAUCAGAAGAGUCCACUGCUCAGUGACUCCUGGGAACUGGAUGCGGUAGAGGGGUGCCAGGCAGCAUGAUCCUCUUGGCUGUGCUUUUCCUCUGCUUCUUCUCCUCAUAUUCUGCUUCUGUUAAAGGUCACACAACUGGCCUCUCAUUAAAUAAUGAGCGGCUAUACAAGCUCACGUACAGCACUGACGUGUUUCUCGAUGGGGGCAAAGGAAAACCUCAAGACAGCGUGGGCUUCCGGAUCUCAUGUGACGUGGACGUAGUGUUACUGUGGAGGAAUCCUGACGGUGACGAUGAUCAACUGAUCCAAGUCACGAUAACGGCUGUCAAUGUCGAAAAUUCGGGUCAACAGAGAGGAGAGAAGAGCAUCUUCAAGGGCAAAACCACGCCUAAGAUCAUAGGAAAGGACAGCCUGGAGGCUCUGCAGAGACCCAUGCUACUUCAUCUAGUCCGGGGGAAGGUCAAAGAGCUCUACUCCUACGAAGAUGAGCCCGUGGGCAUAGAAAAUCUCAAGAGAGGCUUGGCCAGCUUAUUCCAGAUGCAGUUAAGCUCUGGAACCGCCAACGAGGUAGAUAUCUCUGGGGACUGUAAAGUGACCUACCAGGCCCAGCAGGACAAAGUGGUCAAAAUUAAGGCUCUGGAGACAUGCAAAAUUGAGAGGUCUGGAUUUACAACAGCAAAUCAGGUGCUGGGUGUCAGUUCGAAAGCCACAUCUGUCACUACCUAUAAGAUAGAGGACAGCUUCGUCACUGCUGUGAUUGCAGAAGAGACCAGGGCUUUUGCCUUGAACUUCGAACAAAUCAUAGCAGGAAAAAUAGUGUCGAAGCAGAAGCUGGAGCUGAAGACAACUGAAGCCGGCCCAAGAAUGAUACCUGGGAAGCAAGUGGCAGGUGUAAUUAAAGCACUUGAUUCCAAGUACAAAGCCAUUCCUAUUGUGGGUCAGGUCCUGCAGCAUGUCUGCAAAGGAUGUCCUUCUCUUGCGGAGCACUGGCAGUCAAUCAGAAAGAACCUGGAGCCUGACAACCUGUCCAAUGCUGAGGCCACCCGGAGCUUCCUGGCCUUCAUUCGGCACCUCCGGACUUCGAGGAGAGAAGAGAUCCUCCAGAUUCUGAAGGCAGAGAAGAAAGAAGUUCUCCCUCAGCUGGUGGACGCCGUCACCUCUGCUCAGACUCCAGACUCGCUGGAAGCCAUCCUGGACUUUUUGGAUUUCAAAAGCGACAGCAGUAUCGUUCUCCAGGAAAGGUUCCUCUAUGCCUGUGGAUUUGCCUCCCACCCUGAUGAAGAACUCCUUCGAGCCCUCCUUAGUAAGUUCAAAGGUUCCUUUGCGAGCAACGACAUCAGAGAGUCGGUUAUGAUCAUCAUUGGAGCCCUAGUCAGGAAGCUGUGUCAGAAUGAAGGCUGCAAGCUCAAGGCAGUGGUUGAAGCUAAGAAGCUAAUCCUGGGAGGACUUGAAAAACCAGAGAAAAAAGAAGACACUAUGAUGUACCUGCUGGCUCUGAAGAAUGCCUUGCUUCCCGAAGGCAUCCCGCUCAUUUUGAAGUAUGCUGAGUCUGGAGAAGGGCCCAUCAGCCACCUGGCCACCACUGUUCUUCAGAGAUAUGAUGUCUCCUUCAUCACAGAUGAGGUGAAGAAGACCUUGAACAGGAUAUACCACCAGAAUCAUAAGGUUCAUGAAAAGACUGUGCGUACAACUGCCGCUGCUGUUAUCUUAAAGAACAACCCAUCUUACAUGGAUGUGAAGAACAUUCUGCUGUCUAUUGGGGAACUUCCUAAAGAAAUGAGUAAAUACAUGCUCUCUGUUGUGCGAGACAUCCUGCAUUUUGAAAUGCCUGCAAGCAAAAUGAUCCGUCGAGUUCUCAAGGAGAUGGUUGUUCAAAAUUAUGACCGUUUCUCCAAGAGUGGAUCCUCUUCUGCCUAUACUGGCUACAUAGAACGUAGUCCCCAUGCAGCAUCCACAUACAGCCUUGACAUCCUUUACUCUGGUUCUGGCAUUCUGAGGAGAAGUAACCUGAACAUCUUCCAGUACAUCGGAAAAGCGGAGCUUCAUGGUAGUCAGGUGGUCCUUGAAGCCCAAGGGCUGGAAGGGCUAAUUGCAGCCACUCCUGAUGAAGGAGAGGAGAACCUUGACUCCUAUGCUGGCAUGUCAGCCAUCCUGUUUGAUGUUCAGCUUAGACCUGUCACAUUUUUUAAUGGAUACAGUGAUUUGAUGUCCAAAAUGCUGUCGGCAUCCAGUGACCCUGUCAGCGUGGUGAAAGGGCUUAUUCUGCUCAUAGACCAUUUUCAGGAUAUUCAGCUGCAAUCUGGACUAAAGGCCAAUAUGGAGAUCCAGGGUGGUCUAGCUAUUGAUAUUUCUGGUUCAAUGGAAUUCAGUCUGUGGUAUCGAGAGUCUAAAACCCGAGUGAAAAAUCGGGUGGCUGUGGUAAUAACCAGUGACGUCACAGUGGACUCCUCUUUUGUGAAAGCUGGCCUGGAGAGCAGAGCAGAGACAGAGGCUGGCCUGGAGUUCAUCUCCACAGUGCAGUUCUCACAGUACCCGUUCUUGGUCUGCAUGCAGAUGGACAGGGCUGAAGCCCCACUCAGGCAAUUUGAGACAAAAUAUGAAAGGCUAUCCACAGGUAGGGGCUAUGUCUCUCGAAGAAGAAAAGAGAGACUAGUGCCUGGAUGUGAACUCCCGCUCCAUCAAGAGAACUCUGAGAUGUGCAACGUGGUAUUCCCGCCUCAGCCAGAGAGUGAUAACUCCGGUGGAUGGUUUUGAGUCCCGUGGGUUCAUUUCCUCGAGAAUGAUAUGCUUUGAUAUGCCCAAUCCUUGCUCUCCGAGAGCACAGUGUUUACAUAUUUUACCCGUAUUUAAGAUGUUUGUAAAGAGCAGUGGAGAACUUCAGCUGAUUAAAGUUGAGCCUACUCAGGAGAUGACCCACAGUGUCCCUCUGAGUCACCAUACGACACUUAGUAACAUGCCUACUUCUUGUACUUUGCCAAAGUCCUAACCAGUACAGUGAGUCUAGUUUUGUGCUGAGAGACUAGUAUUUGUAUAAAAACAAAGACAAAAGAAAACAAACAAACAGCAAAAUCCCACACCAUAAAACUUAGGCAGAUGUGAACUUGAUUCAACAACUUUUCAGCGAGAGUGAAGCCUUGACAGAAACUUCAGCUUGCUUUCUAUGAAGCACAUUACAUAAGAGAGGCCAGGUGGAUGAAACCCAAGCAAACCAUUUUGCUUUUGUUAUUGUUGUCUUUCUUCUCUUUCUUCUCUUUUUUUCCUUCUAGUGUAUAUGGGAAGGUUCUGAGAAAGGAUAGAGAUACGAAUUAAAAGAAUUUUGCUAGUCAACCUCAAGAAUUAAUAUUUAUGUUUUCUGAUAGUUUUAUAAGCAUGAAGGUAAGCCACCAAAUUAAAGCAUUCUGUGACGUGUCUCUGCUGGCUCCACAGUGAGACCAUUUGGAAGUCACUCACCCUUUUAAAAAAAAAAAUGGAAUUAUCAUACAGGAGUAAAAAUAAUUGAAUCUCAGAACACCCAUUAGAUUUUUCUCUGGAUGUGUCUUUUUGAUACUGUAAUGUGGUACAUAGUUCUUUGUAGGGGACAUCUUGUAGCUACCACUUUUUCUAUACCUUGAUUGUCGGAUGGUAGGAACUCCAUCUAGUUGACUGCAAUUUAUUCAACAUCCAGUAACAAUUGGAAUAAUUGUUGCUACAAGAAGAUGAUGGAUUUGUAUUUCAAAACUAUGAAAUCAAAUAAAGACCAUAUCUAUUUGUAUGAAUUAAAAGGCCAUACCAAACAUUUAAACAUAUUUAUUAAUAAAACAAAUGUCUUUAUUGUAAUACCCCCCUCACCCCCAAAUGUCACUAGACAAAUGGAAGUUUGAAACAGAACUGGAAACACAUGAAAUGGAAGUUUAGCUGGAGUAGAAAGUAAAUUGUGAUGAUAAAAAAUAAACACAUGUAAUUUACUGUG